AUUAUAAUUACAGAGCUUGUAGUUUUGUGUAUACUGUUGGACUGUUGUAAGUAGCUGUUGUAUGUUAAGCGCCAUAAUUACACAAGAAAGAAAAGAGAUUAAUUUAAGAUCCCGGUGACAAAGGUCUAGUAAUGAGGGAAUACAAGCUUGUUGUGCUUGGCUCUGGGGGUGUGGGGAAAAGUGCACUGACAGUUCAAUUUGUCCAAGGAAUCUUUGUGGAGAAAUACGACCCCACCAUUGAGGACAGCUAUAGAAAACAAGUUGAGGCAGAAAACCAGCAAUGUAUGCUUGAAAUUCUUGAUACUGCUGGAACGGAACAAUUCACGGCAAUGCGAGAUCUGUACAUGAAGAAUGGGCAAGGGUUUGUGCUUGUGUACAGCAUCACAUCUCAAGCCUCGUUUAAUGAUCUCACUGACUUAAGGGAGCAGAUAUUAAGAGUAAAAGAUACUGAUGAGGUUCCCAUGAUAUUAGUUGGAAACAAAUGCGAUUUGGAAGACGAGAGGAUUGUAACAAGAGAGCAAGGGGAACUGUUAUCUAGGCAGUGGCAUUGCUCCUUCAUGGAGACUUCAGCCAGGACCAAAAUCAAUGUUGAAAAUGCAUUCUUCGAAUUAGUCAAACAAAUCAAUUCAAAACAACCACCCCCUGUAACCAAAGAAAGCUGUUGUUGCAAUAUUCUAUAGAAAUCUUUAGCAUUAUUCCCUGGUGUCCUUACUUGUGAUUGGUUAGUUCGUCCCUUGUUUCCGCCAAUCACGUUCGAACCGUCUAAACAACAUCUCGUGACCGACGGUUCCGCAUCACCGAGCCAUCCAAUAAGCAAGCGACAUCGUUUAGCACGAAGCAAGCAUUGCUUCACUUUUACCUUUUUUCAUUUUUUCCAUAGAUUUGCUUUGAAACGGAUGGGCUUUAGUUUAAUCAUUAUUUCGCAGUGUUUCGCUCUCACACCAGGGGAACCACCGCUACGUAUCUAACACAACAAUAACUAAACCCAUAGUAAAUAAUUCUUCGUAUUUAUUAUUUUGUGUUAAAACCGCACCACCGACCGAAUGACGUCAUGAGUUGCCCGCACCAGUUUUUGUGUGCGUUACGUCACGAAUAAUUAUGACGUCGCAAAUGAACAGAAUUGCAUAAUUUCAGCAAUUACUCGUUUGGAUUUAAUUUUUCCGUUAUAAUUCGAAUUGGUAAAAUCUUCAUAUUUCGGCCCGGGCAAUUCGUAACAAAAUAUCCGCAUGCGCUCAUAAAGACACCGCUACCCUCCCCAACCCCCGACUGCCAUGGUGCUUAGGAUGAACUGUGGUUCGCUUGGUGAAUUAAUUUAUUUGUCGGAUCGUGUGAAACCUUUAAUCGCAUCUAAUCUAUUAAGCAGAAAGCGUAAAAUCAUUAACUUAAUGAUUUCGUCCGCAUAACCCCUUCAACCUUCUAUAGUUUGAUCAGUGUUUUGUACAUAUACCUUUGUGACGUCACACUUGACCAUUUCCACCCAUAGUGACGUCAUAAUGGAGUAGUAUGACGCAAGAAUCCCCCAACUCUGCUUGUAUAAAGAGCCCUCCUACAACGACCACAAAGGGUUAUAUUUUCGCCUCUUUAUUUCCUAUACGAGCAAGUACGCAUUUCCCUUUGCUGUUUUAUUGCAUAUAACGUCGUUUAACCUUGCUGUUAUCCAACCUAAGUAACUCUUUUUUUUCAUCACUUUAAAUUAACUCCUUCGCCUAGAAAAUAGUUUUAGAAAAUCUCAUAUUUUCAUUUGUAACCUUGAACCUAGUCGAAUAACACAGCGUAAGUUCUAUUGCAUUCUAAUAGUGUUGCAUUUUAACGCGUAGCGGUGCCACAACUGCUGCAUUCUUCGCCUUAGAUUUGGUUUCAAAUUAGACGGUAGAAUCUUUUAACCCACUCCUAAAAUAUGCUUUUAAUUCCGAGUUGAAUGUAACGAUUUGUACAUAAAUAAAUAAAGUACCGGCCUUAUAAUA